AUGGAUCAGUUGAAUUUGCUAGACAAUGAUGUUAGUGAUAAGGUGAAGGAUGGAAUAAUAAAGAAUUUGCAGUCUAUUGUAAAACUGUUAGAUAUUUGGUUUGUUUGUUUUUGUACCUUCUCGAUGAGUGCCGAGCCAUGUGAAAGUGAAGGUGAAAGUAAAAAGCACAAACUCGCCCAGGAUAUACUCUCCCAUCCGUCCUCUUCGGACACGCAGUAUCUACCUUCUUUACUACCCACUCAGGGUCAAGAAAAUGAAGGCAACAAUAGCUGGAAGCAAGAGAUUGCUUUUCUUGCAGAAUAUGGCUAUAACCUUGAAAUGAUUGAUCGAAAAUCUCGUAUUCCACUUCAGCAUGAGAAUUCGCUUCACUCUAUUCGCGGAAGAUCGGCUCCUACUGCCGAAAAACUUUGCAAAUAUUUAAGAGACCACCCACAAUAUCGUAUAGUGGAUAUUCGCGAGCAACCAACACUCUAUUGGUGCAAAUACUGCGGUCUGUUAGAAGAGAACAUUACUGCUCAUCAAAACAACUGCUUUUAUCGGUCUUCCAAAGUGAACUCGGCAACUUAUCCGAACGAUGUGUACACAUUUCUAGACUCAGCUCCUUCCAUGCAAUACGACAGUGACACUAUGGACGAGUGGUAUUCCUUUUUUGGAAGAGAUCAAAUCAUUUUCCAUGCAUUCGAUUCAGCGUUCGACAUGCCACUGGAAGACAAUUCCGCUUCUCCAGAAGAAUCGGAUGUGUCGAUGUUUGAUCCCUGCUUUGUGAGCGCAGUCGCUCAUUGGAUCAAUCUAUGCAGUGCGAACCAUUUGCAGGUCUCUACGAGUGGGUACCAAGCACUUGAGUCUUGUCUUGAGGUUUUUCUCUCUCACGUCCUCGAGGCUUGCAACGAAGAAUCCAUUGAGCGCACGCACAACACAGACAAGCGUGUUUUAGUUCCCGCAGUAUUAGGUGGUGCCAUUCCGAAGUGUCCCUAUCUCCACCGCAGUCCAUCGAUUCUCUUGUUUGUUGAAUACUGGUUUGGUUGGAGUGGGCGUUUCACCCUCUCGAUGAAACUUCCAGAACCAAAGGACAUCAAGAAAGUCGCUCAUCUUUAUCCUUUUGUAAUAAUGCCCAAGGAGAUUAAGGACGUUCGUGAGUUCAUCACUGCUGCCAGAAGAAAGGACGCCAGCUUGAUCAAGAUCAAGAAGAACGCUUCUGGUGAGACUAAGCUGAAGGUCCGUUGCAGCAAGUACCUGUACACCUUGGUCGUUAAGGAGAGUGCUAAGGCUGAGAAGCUGAUCAAGACUCUUCCUCCUGGUGGGUGGCAUGCGUUUUUCUGUGACAAAUAGGUGUAAAGAAGGUGGAGAUUAACUAAGUGCUCAAAGGAUGGUUGAGGUUUUUGAUGUUUGUUAGAAAAGCGUUUUGGGAAAGCGAUUCCGUGAAUCAGGUUGCGUGAAGAAGAAUGAGAGGGAAGUCAGCCACUCAUGAUUUUGGCGGGCUUUCAGUAUUUUCUUAUCCGAAUGAAUCCUCCGAGUAAUUCGUCGCCUGUUAAGACGUUCUCCUACUCGCAGCACCUUCUGCAACAGCGAGUCAUUGGAUAUGACAACCUACCCACAUUUUCGUGGUUCCCUCCGGAUUCGUCUCCAAACCCCAAUAUGAACAAGAACCGUGUUAUUGUAUUUGAUUAGUUGCGCUGCCUGUAUUCU